AUGGGCAACGGCGCCUCCGGACGCGCUGCCGCCGCAGGGGCCGCCAAGCUCAGCGCCGGCGCCGGCGACCACCUGCGCCGCCUCCACCUGCACCACCAGUCGCCGCCCCCGCCGCCGCCGCCGGCCGUCGUCUUCCCGGAAGACUACGAGUACCUGCGCGGGCUGGUGCCGCAGCUGAAGCGCGAGAUCAAGGAGCUGGAGGGCAAGACCGACUCUCUGGGCGCCGAGGUGGUCGACCUGCGCCGACAGCUCGCCACCAAGGAGCAGCAGGUGCUGCGCCUCCAGCGCGAAGUCCACAAGCUCAAGAGCGUGCUGCAGCAGGCGACCAGCUUCAGCCAGGAUGGGGACCUGCUGGCGUCGCUGCACGAGCACCACAGCAUGCCGGGGCAGGCGCUGCCCGCGGCCGCCUCCGCCGCCUCCUCCAGCAAGAAGCAGGGCGUCUCUGGCGAGAGCACCGACGUGGGACAGACUGCCGAUGACAUCCAGAUACAGCGUUACGAUAAGGAUUUCCGGUCCAAACAGCUGAUAAAAGACGCUAUUAUGGACAACGAUUUCCUGAAAAAUCUGGAUUCCAGCCAAGUGAGGGAGAUUGUGGACUCCAUGUAUCCGUUGGAAUACGCGAAGGGGAGCUUCGUAAUCAGAGAGGGAGAAGCAGGAUCACAUCUCUACGUGUCCGCCGAGGGCGAAUUCGAAGUUAUCAAGGAGGAUAAAGUUCUUGGAAGAAUGGGACCCGGGAAAGCCUUUGGAGAACUUGCCAUAUUGUACAACUGUACUCGGACAGCAUCCAUUAAAGUGGUGAACGACGCGAAGGUGUGGGUGCUGGACCGCAGAGUCUUCCAGCAGAUCAUGAUGCGGACAGGCCUGCAGCGGCUCGAGGACAACAUCAACUUCCUGCGCAGCGUGCCUCUGCUCCGAAACCUCAGCAACGACGUCCUCGCCAAGAUCGCUGACGUCCUGGAAGUUGAGUUCUACCCGGCCGGAGCGCACAUCAUACGGCAAGGCGCGAGCGGGGACACGUUCUUCAUCAUCAGCGGCGGCUGCGUGAAGGUGACGCAGCGGCUGGCGGGGCGGCGCGAAGACGAGGAGAUCCGCACGCUGGAGCGCGGCGACUACUUCGGCGAGCAGGCGCUGCUCAAGGAGGACUGCCGCACGGCCAGCGUGAUCGCGCUGCCGCCCGGCGUCGAGUGCCUCACGCUCGACAGGGACUCCUUCAUCCAGCUCAUCGGAGACCUCAGCGAGCUGCACGAGAAGGACUACGGCGACGAGACGCGCGGCCUCUCCAGGCCCUCCAGCUCCUUCAGUCUCUACGCCGACGUCGAGGCGGAGUACGACUACAUCCGGCUGGACGACCUGGACGUGAUCGCCACUCUUGGUGUCGGGGGAUUCGGCCGCGUCGAGCUGGUGCAGUACAUGUACGACAGGAGCCUCACGUUCGCACUCAAGUGUCUCAAGAAGCAGCACAUCGUCGACACGCAGCAGCAGGAGCACAUUUACAGCGAGAAGAACAUCAUGAUGAGCUGCCGGAGCCCCUUCAUUUGCAGGUUGUACCGGACGUUCCGGGACUCCAAGUACGUGUACAUGCUGCUGGAGGCUUGUCUGGGAGGCGAGGUGUGGACCAUUCUCAGGGACAGAGGCUGCUUCGACGAUCAUACGACUCGUUUCGUCACAGCCUGCGUCGUCGAAGCGUUUGAGUACCUGCACGCCCGAGGCAUCAUAUACCGGGACCUCAAGCCCGAGAACCUCCUGCUGGACACUCAGGGUUACGUUAAACUUGUGGAUUUCGGUUUCUCGAAGAGGCUCGGGUACAGCGCGAAGACCUGGACUUUUUGUGGAACGCCGGAAUACGUAGCGCCUGAAAUAAUACUGAAUAAAGGCCACGACCGAGCUGUGGACUACUGGUCGUUGGGUAUCCUCAUGCAUGAGCUGCUGACUGGGACGCCACCGUUCACUGCAGCCGAUCCUAUGAAGACGUAUAACAUAAUUCUGAAGGGAAUCGACAUGGUGGACUUCCCUCGGCACAUCACGCGAGCUGCACAAAGUUUGAUAAAGCGACUGUGUCGUGACGCCCCCUCCGAGAGGCUUGGCUCUCAGCGAGGAGGCAUUCAGGACAUCAAGAAGCACAAGUGGUUCCAGGGCUUUGACUGGGAAGGCCUAAGGCAUAGAACGUUACCAGCUCCCAUUGUUCAACAGAUAAGAGGCCCUACUGACACAUCAAAUUUUGAUUCAUAUCCAAAGGAUUUAGACAUCCCUCCAGAUGAAUUUUCAAACUGGGAUUUGGAUUUCUGAUAUUUCUAUGGGUAGUAUUAAUACAGCAAUUACAAAUUGGGCCAAAGUUCUUGCAUCCUGCUGUAAAACAAAGUAUUUCCCCUUUGCAGUAAGCUAAGUGGAAAUGCUAUGUUGAUAUGAAUCUAAAAGAAUAUUUUUAUUGCCAUUAUUUUCAAACACAAAUAACUGAACACCAAAUACUUAGCUUAUUGGUAUGAAAAUGUGGUGUAUGUGAGAUACUCUGGAUUUUUGUCUGAAUGUGUGUUUUACCUCGUAAACAUAACUGAUUGAAAGUCAGAACCUGUGUACACUACUCCAGAUAUUAAUUUAAAAAUUUAACAGUUUAUAUUUUUGAGAAUUUUUGGAAGUGUAACCAUAACAUCAUUUUUAAUUUUCAAUAAUUGUAAAAUGUUUUGUAAAUAUGUAAAUAAUUUCAAGCUCUAACUUUUUGCACUGCCAAACAGUAUUGAUAACAAAACCAUAUAAUUCCAAAGGAAAAUGAUCACUAUAAAAAACCACUACAAUUUUCUGUAAAGCAGAUGAUGAAAAACAGAGUUAAACAAGUGUCCACAAGAAAAUAAUGGUCUAUUUUAUGAUAAAUGCCAGUUUCUUAUAAAGUUAUUUCUCACUGAAAAAAACACUUGAAGGCGAUAGUCUCAAAUCUAUCUGUUUGAAAUUAAAUAAGUAUCUGAAAAACGUAUGACUGUAUUGGUUCAUACGUAAAAUGAUUUUCAUUGCUGUUUAUCAAGAUUACCUUUAUUGUUUUUAAUCAUGAGCUUUUAUGUUUUUACUUUCUCAUCAGUGCUAUUACCUUGCUAUUUUUUAAAUAUCUGGAGCUGAUAUUCACAUAAAAUCUAUCAGAAGUAAAAGAUAUCUUUUCAGAAACUGACUGUCAGAUGUAAAUUUUCCUCAGAUGUUUUCUUUUGAUUAUAUAUCACAUUUCCUAUGCUACACAUUUGAAAUCAUAACUAGCAAGUUCCUUAAAAACAGUACUAAUCAUUAUUAUCCUAUGUGCCACCUAUUAUGUGACAAAGUAAUAACUGUACUGUGACAUUGGUAAUAAAGGGCAAAUAGUCCUGGAAUAGUCAUGAGAUCUUUCUGUGCAAAUAAGUAAACCAUAAAAGCUGUACUAAUUGUGAUAGUUGCAAAGAUGUAAAUUUAAUUUAUUAAAAUGUCAGCAAAAGUAAUGAAAGGUGCAACAAUGGGAAACACAUCUCUCAAUAUACACAAAUAGCAUUUUUACCUCCUUGAUCUGAAUUUUGCCUCUUUAAAUGAAUUUGAAAUUGCUAGUGUCACACAUUUUAUUGCUAGUAAUAUUAAUUUCAGAAGCCCUUAUAAUAAGGUCAUGAGUAUGCCAUUUAUGCAUCUCAAUUCCUCCUCUUGCCCACAGUUAUUUUAUCUGUUAUGUCUUAUAAUAGUUUUUUUGUGUUUUUUAUUUAGUUAGUAGUAUCUGCCAGUAUUCUGACUGUGUAAAGCACCUUCCUGAUUAUGUACACAUCUUUUUAAUUAGUGCUUUAAUGAUUAAUUUAUCAUUGUGCUACAAUCUUCUCAAUAAAUCUGGAGUUUGGCUAGAGCGAAAAAGAAUAAUCAGAAUUAUCCCCAUUUUAUAAUGCAAUAAUUCUGGAAACCACAUUAAAUAUAAUUGUACCAGUAAUGUCAAAACAGUGACUGAAGGGAUAUUCUUAAUAACUUUUCUUCUGUCCGAGAACUAUUCUUACUUUCAGAGCAUAAUGCUCUUCAGAAUACAAACUUAUAUUUUACAAAAAGAGUUCAUAUUUUUUGUAUUGCCAUUGUCCAAUUAAUUACUAAAUGGCAAUUUUUUCAAGUAAAUAAUAUUUUCUUUAAGCACAAAGGUUUUGUUAAUACAAACUAUAGGGCAAUAUAACAUUUAAGCUUUAAAAAUAUUGUUUAGUUUAGUGCAACUUUAUGAAAUGUCCUCAUCUGUUCUUGUAGAUCUGGACUUAACAUCACUAACAGUGUUAGUAUCAAUUCAUUAGUAACAAUUGUUAUCAUUUGUUGAAGUGGUUGAUACAUUAAAAAAAACAAAAA